GUGCUUGUUUCACGUAUAUAUGUGUGACAGGCCUUGUUCUUUUUCUUCAUCCAGCCAUGAAGACAGCGGCAUUGCUGUUUGCGGUCACAUUGACCGUUUUGGUGUUGGUGCAUUCCACAUCUGCCGAUUGUGGCUGUCCAUGCAAGAAAAAGGCUCCUCCCCCUCCUCCUCCAUGCGGUUGCCAACAGAAAGCUGAAAAGGAGCGUAGAGAAAGAGAGGAAAGGGAACGCCGAGCGAGAGAGAGCAAAAAGAGCUGCGGUUGUCAAAAGAAGAAAGAACAAGAACGUAGAGAGAGAGAGGAGAGAGAGCGCAGGGAAAGAGAGCAGCGGGAGCGAAGAGAAAGAGAGGAAAGGGAGCGUAGAGAGAGGGAAUGUAGAGAGAGGCAGGAGAGAGAACAGAGGGAAAGGCAAGAGAGAGAACGAAGGGAAAGAGAACAAUGCCAAUGCAAAGAGAAACAGGCUAGAGAACAAAGGAUACGACAAGACAGGGAACGCAAGGAGAGGGAAGAAAGGGAACGUAAGCAAAGAGAAGAGUGUGCAAGAAGAGAACAAGAAGAAAAAAAGAAAAGAGAACACGAAGAAAAUGUGAGAAAGAAUGAGGAGGCUCAAAGAAAAAAGAGAGAACAUGAAGAAAAUGUGAGAAAGAAUGAGGAGGCUCAAAGAAAAAAGAGAGAACAUGAAGAAAAUGUUAAGAAAAUUCAGGAAGCUGAGAGAAAGAAGAAGGAACACGAGGAAAAUAAGAAGAAAUAUGAAGAGGCACAAAGGAAGAAAAGAGAACACGAAGAAAAUGUAAAGAAAUACGAGGAAAAUGAAAGAAAAAAGAAGACCCAUGAAGAAAAUGUAAAGAAAUACGAGGAAAAUGAAAGAAAAAAGAAGAUCCAUGAAGAAAAUGUAAGGAAAUGGGUAGCUGCUAACUACAAACAAAAGUGUGGAGAAGAUCUAGAAACAUAUUUCAAGAGAAUUACUUGCAAAGAAGGAAUUUCAGAUGAAGAGUACAUUAAGAGGCUAACCAUCUGCAGGAGCCUCUUCUCUUCCUUGGAUCUUUGGUACAGUGAAAAAUACUUCAGUCAGGUUAAGCAGUUUUACUCUUUGUACUACUCCAAGAAAACAGAAGAAACCGAAGAGUCAUUCUUCCAAAGGCUUGUUACAAAGGAGAGUUUUGAAACUGAGAUCAACUGGGCCAAGAGAGUUAACAUUUUGCGUGAGCUUUACCCCUCCUUGAAGCUCUGGUUUGAUGAAACCUACUACAAUAAGUACACUAAACAUUUCUUUGAAGUGUUUUAUAAGAAGGAGGAGUCUGAAUCUACAGAAAUUUAUCUGAAGAGGGUAUUUACAAAGUUCACUGGAGAAACUGACGAUUGCUUCUGGAAGAGAGUGAAGCUUGUGCAGAAAACAUUCCCCAAGUAUACUUGUUGGUAUGAGAAAGAAAACUUGAAGAAGAUUGAUGCAUGCAAAUGUUUCAGUAAGGCUCAGAGUGAAGAAGAACUCAAGAAGGAAAUUGAGUCAGAGAAAUCAUGUGGAUGCAACAAAGCCAAAUUAGAGUGUCUUCAGACAUUCUUUAAAUCUUCAAAAUCUUCAUCUCAGUCAUCUUCAUCUUCUGAAUCCAGCGAAGAAACUGUUGUCGUCAAAAAUAGUUGUUAAGUAAAAUAUGUUAUAAUUUCAAAAAA